UUCAAGUAGUAGCACGUGUUCAUAAAGUAAGUCAUCAUCGGUGUGUUCUUUGCACGUGUUCAUAAUAACCUGUUAAUCAGACGUUAUAUUUUUUUAUUUUCCUGUCGCGGAUUUCCCCAAGGUUUAAACUGCAUCGACAUGUCGAAAGUAGAUCUCGGUUACUCAGAACCAAGUGAAAGUUGGAAGCUGGAGAGCAAAUUUUUUCCAAGUAAAAUUGGGGGAAAACCGGCAUGGUUAGCUUUAGAGGGUGUUCCAUCUGGCGAAGACGUAAGCUGUGCCAAAUGUGGUGAACCUAUGACGUUUCUAUGUCAGAUUUAUGCUCCUUACGAGGAUGAGGACAGCAGUUUUCACAGAACACUUUUUGUUUUCAUCUGUCGGAAGGCAGAAUGUCACGAGAGGAACAAAUCAGAUGGCAUAAGAGUAUACAGGUCGAAUCUCCGGAGAGAGAAUAAAUUUUACUCCUAUGAUCCCCCUAAGGAUGAGCCUGAUCCGAGUUUUUCAUUGCUGCAAUGGUUAAAUUUGUGUGAUGUUUGCGGAUGUGUGGGAACUAAAAAGUGCAGCAAGUGUAGCUCAGUAUAUUACUGUAGUAAACCACAUCAAGUAUUGGACUGGAAAGAAAAACACAAAAGUUAUUGUGGAAGAACUGACAUACACCACAAUCAGCUUUCAUCCUGUUUAUAUCCAGAAAGUGAAAUUGUAAUCGAACAAGAGGAGUGGAAUAAAACAGGAAUAGAUGAAGAGGAAGAAAAGCAAAAGUUUAUGAACCUCAUUGCACAGAGGGGUUCAGGAACUUUAGCCGACAUGAGUGAGGAUGACCUCAAUCAGUAUUCAGCUAAAGAUCCUGAUGUAACAUUUACCAAAUUCCGUAAACGAGUGGAUGUUAGUCCAGACCAGGUUUUGCGUUAUGAGAGAGGUGGCGUCCCUCUUCUCAUUUCGAAUGAAGGUAUACCUGAUGAAAUUCCGAAUUGCGAGUAUUGUGGGGCACCAAGACAAUUUGAGUUUCAAAUAAUGCCCCAGAUGCUGUGGGUAAUCAAAGAGGAAGCUGUGGACUGGGGUACCUUAAUAUGUCACACCUGCACUAAUAGUUGUACAGAAUCUGUACAAUAUAAAAAAGAAUACAUCAUUAGGCAGGAUGUAUCAAAUGUCGAUUUAAAAUGUUGAUAUGUGUAAAUAUAUUGUAUAUAUUGUA